CUUCUAAUCAGCUGUUAGCUUUCUUUAGGUAAUCUGUGCUAAACCCUGUUGCUGUGGAGGUCAAACGCUCGCCCUUCGCUUGGAGGCAGUCCCACCACAUCCUUCUUUGGUCCUGAGGAGGGCAGCCCGCCCAGAAGGCGCCGGCUGGGGCGUCUGGCAGCUUUCUCCCGGUGUUCUGAAAGCCGCAGGCCAGGGGGCGUUUUGAGCAGCAAGGGCAGACAAAGCCGGCACCUCCCUUCUCCACAGGGCUCUGUGUCUCGCUGGGCUCGGAGCUGCAGCUCAGGUCAAGUUUGCGGCCAGGUGUGAGCACGUGGGGGCCCCCGUGGUCCGCCUCCCCGCCUCCAUCCAGCUCUGCGGGCGGCCUCGCACCUGCGCGUGGCUCGCGGCAGCGGCAGCGCAGCCUCCCACUCCUCUCGCGGACCCCGGCGCCCGGGGUCUCCCGGUUCCCGGCACCGAGCAGCGAGGGCGGCAGCGGGAGCAGCGGCGGCGCGCAGCGGGCGUCCCCGAGGCGGUGUGGCCCGGAGGUGGAGGCGGGGCCGGGGCGGGCCGCCAGCGCGCCGCUCCCGGAAGCGGGUGGUUCUCGGCUUCAGUGGAGCGGACCGGCUUGACCGUGACCGCCAGAGCUCCAGCAUCCCCGUCUGCGCCUCCGCGAGCAGCGGGAGCCGCACCGCCGCCCGAGCAGCGCCACCCCAGCUCUCGGCCGCCUGGCUGGCAAGAUGUUGCCGGUCUACGAGGAGGUGAAGAAGGCCAACCCGCUGCAGAACGCCAACCUCUGCUCGCGCGUGUUCUUCUGUUGGCUAAACCCCUUGUUUAAAAUCGGCCACAAACGGAGAUUGGAAGAAGAUGACAUGUACUCAGUGCUUCCAGAGGACCGCUCCAAGCACCUUGGAGAAGAGUUACAAAGGUACUGGGAUAAAGAAGUCUCGAGAGCCGAGAAGGACUCACAGAAGCCUUCAUUAACAAAAGCAAUCAUCAAGUGUUACUGGAAGUCCUAUUUAAUUUUGGGAAUUUUUACGUUAGUCGAGGAGAGCAUCAGAAUAACCCAGCCCGUAUUUUUGGGGAAGAUUAUUAGUUAUUUUGAGAACUACGACCCCGCCGAUGCCGCGGCGCUGCAGAAAGCCUACAUCUACGCCGCCAUGCUGACGCUCUGCACGCUCGCGCUGGCCGUGCUGCACCACCUGUACUUCUACCACGUCCAGUGUGCGGGCAUGAGGCUGCGCGUCGCCAUGUGCCACAUGAUUUACCGGAAGGCCCUCCGCCUGAGUAACGUGGCCAUGGGCAAGACGACCACGGGCCAGAUCGUCAACCUGCUGUCCAACGACGUGAACAAGUUCGAUCAGGUCACGAUAUUCUUGCACUUUCUGUGGGUUGGCCCGCUGGAGGCCAUCGCGGUCACGGUCCUGCUCUGGAUGGACAUUGGGAUAGCCUGUCUUGCCGGGAUGGCCGUCCUGAUUAUCCUCCUGCCUUUGCAAAGCUGCUUCGGCAAGUUGUUCUCCUCCCUCCGGAGCAAGACUGCAGCUUUCACAGACGCCAGGAUCAGAACCAUGAAUGAGGUUAUCACCGGCAUCCGAAUAAUAAAAAUGUACGCCUGGGAAAAGUCCUUUGCGGACCUUAUUACCAAUUUGAGGAGGAAGGAAAUCUCCAAGAUUCUGAGAAGCUCCUACCUGAGAGGAAUGAAUUUGGCGUCGUUUUUCGUCGCGAGCAAGGUCAUCGUUUUCAUGACCUUCACUGUCUACGUGCUCCUCGGCAACGUGAUCACAGCCAGCCGCGUGUUCGUGGCGGUGGCCCUCUACGGGGCCGUGCAGUUGACAGUCACGCUCUUCUUCCCCGUGGCCAUCGAGAAGGUGUCGGAGUCCAUCGUCAGCAUCCGAAGAAUCAAGGACUUUCUGUUGCUCGAUGAGAUAACGCAGCCCGGCGCUCAGCUGCCCUCAGACGGUAAAACGAUAGUGCAUGUGCAAGAUUUUACUGCUUUUUGGGAUAAGGCAUCGGAAACCCCAACCCUGCAAGGCCUUUCCUUCACCGUCAGGCCCGGCGAAUUGUUAGCCGUGGUUGGACCCGUGGGAGCCGGAAAGUCAUCCCUGUUGAGCGCCGUGCUGGGGGAGCUGCCCCCGCGCCAGGGAGUGGUCACCGUGCACGGAAGGGUCGCCUAUGUGUCCCAGCAGCCCUGGGUGUUCUCAGGAACCGUGAGGAGCAAUAUUUUAUUUGGGAAGAAAUACGAAAAGGAGCGAUAUGAAAGAGUAAUAAAGGCUUGCGCUUUGAAGAAGGAUUUGGAGCUUUUGGAGGACGGAGAUCUCACUGUGAUAGGAGACCGGGGAGCCACGCUGAGCGGAGGGCAGAAGGCCCGAGUUAACCUCGCCAGGGCGGUGUAUCAGGACGCAGACGUCUACCUCCUGGACGACCCCCUCAGUGCGGUGGACGCGGAAGUGGGCAGGCACCUGUUCCAGCUGUGCAUCUGUCAGACCUUGCACGAGAAGAUCACCAUCUUAGUGACGCACCAGCUGCAGUACCUGAAAGCCGCCAGUCAGAUUCUGAUCCUGAAAGAGGGCAAAAUGGUGCAAAAGGGGACCUACACCGAGUUUCUGAGAUCUGGGGUCGAUUUCGGUUCCCUUUUAAAGAAGGAAAACGAGGAGGCCGAGCAAGCUUCCACCUCAGAAAGCCCCUCGCUGAGGCAUCGGACCUUCUCGGAGUCUUCAGUCUGGUCUCAGCAGUCGUCCAGGCCCUCAUUGAAAGACGGCGCCCCAGAGAGCCAAUCUAACGAGAACGUCCAGGCUACAGUCCCCGAGGAGAGCCGCUCGGAAGGAAAAAUCGGGCUCAAGGCUUACCGGAACUACUUCACAGCCGGGGCCAACUGGUUCAUCCUCAUCAUCCUCGUUCUAAUGAACAUCGCGGCUCAGGUGACCUACGUGCUUCAGGACUGGUGGCUCUCCUACUGGGCGAAUCAACAGAGCGCCCUGAACACCACCGUAAAUGGAAAUGGAAAUGUAACGGAGAAGCUCGAUCUUCACUGGUACUUAGGAAUUUAUUCAGGUUUAACUGUAGCUACCGUCACUUUUGGCUUCGCGAGAUCUCUGUUGGUAUUCUACGUCCUUGUUCAUUCUUCGCAAACGUUACACAACAAAAUGUUUGAGUCUAUUUUGAAAGCUCCGGUAUUGUUCUUCGAUAGAAACCCAAUAGGAAGAAUUCUAAAUCGAUUCUCCAAGGACAUCGGACACAUGGAUGACCUGCUGCCCCUAACAUACCUAGACUUCAUCCAGACGUUUCUGCAAAUGAUUGCUGUGGUGAGCGUGGCGGUGGCGGUGAUUCCUUGGGUCGCGAUACCCCUGGUGGUCCUCGGCAUCCUCUUCUUCUUUCUUCGGGGCUAUUUCUUACAAACGUCGAGAGACAUCAAACGCCUGGAAUCGACAACGCGGAGCCCGGUGUUCUCGCACUUGUCGUCCUCUCUCCAGGGGCUCUGGACCAUCCGCGCCUGCAAAACCGAGGAGCGCUUCCAGGAGCUGUUCGAUGCCCACCAGGAUUUGCAUUCAGAGGCUUGGUUCUUGUUUCUGACCACGUCCCGAUGGUUCGCCGUGCGUCUGGACGCCAUCUGUGCCAUCUUUGUCACUGUUGUUGCCUUUGGGUCCCUGAUUCUGUCAAAAACUUUGGAUGCCGGGCAGGUGGGCCUCGCGCUGUCCUACGCCCUCUCGCUGAUGGGGAUGUUCCAGUGGUGCGUCAGGCAAAGCGCCGAAGUCGAGAAUAUGAUGAUUUCGGUGGAGAGAGUGAUGGAAUACACAGACCUGGAGAAGGAAGCGCCUUGGGAAUCCCCGAAGCGCCCACCGCCGGCCUGGCCCCACGAGGGCGUGAUCGUCUUUGACAACGUCAACUUCACGUACAGUUUGGACGGGCCUCUGGUCCUGAAGCACCUGACGGCCCUCAUUAAAGCGAGAGAAAAGGUUGGCAUUGUGGGGAGAACAGGAGCUGGAAAGAGUUCCCUCAUCUCGGCCCUCUUCAGACUGUCGGAACCCGAAGGCAGAAUUUGGAUUGACAAGAUCUUGACAACCGAAAUUGGACUUCACGACUUAAGGAAGAAAAUGUCCAUCAUACCUCAGGAGCCUGUUUUAUUCACCGGAACAAUGAGGAAAAAUCUGGAUCCCUUUAAUGAGCACACGGACGAGGAGCUGUGGAAUGCCUUAAAAGAGGUGCAGCUUAAAGAAGCCAUCGAAGAGCUCCCCGGCAAAAUGGACACGGAAUUAGCAGAAUCCGGAUCGAACUUCAGUGUCGGACAGAGGCAGCUGGUGUGCCUCGCCAGGGCUAUUCUCAGGAAGAAUCGGAUACUGAUCAUUGACGAAGCGACUGCAAAUGUGGAUCUAAGAACUGAUGAGUUAAUACAAAAAAAAAUCCGUGAGAAAUUUGCCCAGUGCACCGUGCUGACCAUCGCACACAGGCUGAACACCAUCAUCGACAGUGACAAGAUCAUGGUUUUGGAUUCAGGAAGACUGAAAGAAUAUGAUGAGCCCUAUGUUUUGCUGCAGAAUACAGAGAGCCUAUUUUACAAGAUGGUGCAACAACUGGGCAAAGCAGAAGCUGCUGCCCUCACCGAAACGGCCAAACAGGUGUACUUCAGAAGGAAUUAUCCGGAUAUUACCCAGAACGGCCCUGUGGUUGUGAACGCGUCUAACGGCCAGACCUCAGCCCUGGCUAUUUUUGAGACAUCCCUGUGAUGCCACCACGAGGUCAAGCCUGUUCCGAAGACAUUUUUCCAAUAUUUUUGCACUGUCUGAACUACACUAAACUUUUUUUUUACACUAGCACCAACUACUUGCACAUACAAGAUGUCAGUUUAUUUGGAUUUUUCCUCCAACUUCAUCCAAUGAUCUCAAGCUCUAUCAAAGUGACUUAUUAUUUAUAUUUAUAUUUAUAUGUUAUAGUAUUUUUUUUCAUAACUAAAUCAGAAGUGCAGGCCACCAACAACAGCUUUCUACCAGGUUUUGUGCCUUAAGAGACUCAGACCCAAGACUCAUUUUGUGAGGUGCAAGACAACAUUGAAAAAGAUACUUUUUUUUUACCCCCCCUCCCCCCCCGCCAAAUUACAUACUACUUCCCAGUUCUAUCAGGGAUUCUGUUUACUUGAAAACUAUGUGACAUCACCACGUUGUCUUACCACUUUCUUCAGCGUACCUAGGAUCCAUUGUUUUCCCCCCACAGGCCUCCGGCUCAAAGAGCACAGAUAAAACUAUAGGAAAAACAAAAAAUAUGCUUCGGUAUAAGUGGCAUUAUAGUAGGGAGAGUAUAUUCUCCCCCACCUGCCCCCCAAAAAUGUGUAUCAUUAAAAUAUAGAAAGGCAGUAUUUAAUUACAUGUUCC